UGUGUGCUGACUCGGCACGUUGGUCAGCUGUGAGGGACGGUGAAUCUUAUGAGGCGCAGGAUUUUUCACCACAGGCAAAUGUAACGAGUAACUCUCCCUCAGGACCCCGCCCUCUCUUCUCUGUGGAAUGCGUCAGGACGUCUAAAGCACGUAGCUGUGGUGUGACGUCAGACGCCGGCAUGAGAUCAGUUUUCGCAAGUGUCCGUAACUCCAGGAGCAGGUCACAUCGCGGACGGCCAUAGCUUUAGCUGCAGACUUUCUACCAUGGAGCUGACGCUGCGAUCUACAUACUGCUGUGUGAGGCAUAUGCGCUCCAUAGCUGCAAAGAGGCCACGCACUGGAGUUUUUAAUGUGUUGGGUUCUUCAACAAGACAUAUACAGGAAAGGACCACAUUUUCAUCAGUGGGGAAGAAACUCUUCUUUGACACUCAUGCAGUUGUUCAGAUCCUGGAGGCCAAAGGAUUUACAACCCAGCAGUCGGAGAUGAUCAUGUCGGCAUUGCUUAAAAUUCUGAAUGUCAACAGGGACCUCAUAUAUCAGGACAUGGUUUCCAAAGUACAGCAGGAGAUCAGUCUUCAGCAGGUCAUGUCACACAUUGCCUCCACAAAAAAGGACAUGAUCAUCUUGGAGAAAAGUGAAUUCUCAGCUCUCAGAGCAGAAAAUGAGAAAUUAAAGAGCGAGCUAGAGCAACUGAAGAAACAAUCGAUUGAUGAAAUUGUCAAGGUCCGUGCAAAUAACAAAUUAGAUUUUAAUUUGGAGAAAAGCGAAGUAAAAGAAAUGUACGCCGAUAAUGGACGGAAACUUUUGGAACUUCGAACAGAAAUAGUAGAAAUGCAUUCCCAACAAGAUAGAGCACUGACUCAAACAAGAAGGAAGAUUGACACAGAAGUAGCAGGAAUAAAGACUAUGUUAGAGUCACAUAAACUUGAUACCAUCAAAUACCUUGCAGGAUCUGUGUUUACAUGCCUGACGAUAGCUCUGGGUUUUUACCGCUUGUGGAUGUAACGGUAUUGACCUGCACAGUUUAGAGACUAUAAUGUAUGUAUGACUAUUAAGUGCCAUUUGUUGUCGUAUUUAUUUUGACAAGCAGCUGCCUAACCAAAGAAUGGUGAACAACGCACACGAACCACACAACAUGGCGUGAAUGUUAAUGGUUUUCCGUCCACUGAAUAAACGGUGCUAUAUAUUAAGUAUUCUCAUUUUGCUGCUGAAUAACCUAAAGCUACAGAAAUUCCUGCACACAAUACUGCCUUCUAUGGAUGCAACAUGUUUCUAUGCCUAUUCUUUUCUGUCUGCUGAGAUAUUUUUUAAUAACUCAAACAAUCUGGCUGAUGUACAAUAUAUUAAUGGGAUGUGUCCCAGAAAAACAUUACAUUUUUAA